GGAAUAUUCAACCACAUGUGGCUAAAGGUCGACCUACUCUAGAAGCAAGCUUUCACAUACACCGAGGGCACCUGUUGCAGAGGCUAGACAGGAAAUAAAGGCAUGCUCUUGUUUUGGAGCUCAGAGAUGCAGCUCCAGGAUGCUGUUCAGGCAUGGAUCAUAGCUGAGAAAGAUGCAAACCAGGCUUGCCUGCACCAGUUCCUUGUAUGGGCUAAGCUGAAUGGGGACCUGCACUCCAGGCUGAAGCAUCUCCUCAGGAUGCAUGCAAAUGGUCAGGAGCAUCUUUCCAAUUUCCUGGAGUUAAUCAAGAUGGUAAGGGGAGAGGAUUGGGAUGAUAAUUUUAUGAAGCAGAAACAGACCAAGAGAUCUGAGCUAAUCAUGGAGAGGUCAGCAAGCCAUGUGACAUUUCAGAGUCUCCAGCCAAUUGUGAUCAGCAGUGCAGACUGUAAUGUAAUAGAGCUAGAUGAUAUGCUCAGUGACUCAGAUGAGGGUGUGAUCCUGGUGGACCCUCCACUUCCAUCCAUGGGUGGCCCUCCCCUCAGAGACAGGGCCAGACCUCGAGAUCAAACACUGGUCAUUGAUUCCACCAAAAGUUCCCAGGUUCAAUCUCCUUCCAUCAUUGGUGGUUCUGGGUAUUAGAAUGGUGAUCCCGGGGAUAUGCAUAGAGCCAGGAAGCAAAAAUACACAAUCUGCUGUUCAUAUUGUAGCAAGGACAGCCACUCCAAGGACACCUGUGACAAUGGAAACAAGACCCAGGUAUUUGAGAACUUGACCAUCAACCGCCAUGAGCUGACACAUAUGGAGGAGUCAAAAGAGGUCCCUGGUGAACACAAUGACCUCUCUCAGCCACAGUAA